AUGAGAUCAUUAGGUCAUUUUUUUCAAAUGCAUAUUUUGGGCAAUAAUCAAGAUGAAAACAACAAAGAGAAUACAGUUAAAACGCAAAGUGAUUCAGAAAAUGCGAAUUUUGAAGAAGCAAUCACCGCAACAGGAUAUGGAAAAUUUAACAUAUUAUUAUUGCUAUUUAUGAUACCAUCGUCUUUUACACAAGCAAGUGAACAAAUGGCCAUAUCAUACAUAUUACCUAUAGCAGAUUGUGAUCUUCACUUAACUUUAGAACAGAAAAGUCUACUGAAUGCCGUUUCAUUUGCAGGAAGCUUAUCUAGCGGAGUUCUUUUCGGUUACCUAAGCGAUACUUUCGGUAGAAAAAGAUUAAUUGUUUACGGUUAUUUCUUGCACUUUGUAUUCAGCUUGGCAGCUGCAACGUCUACUAACUUACUGCAAUUGUUGAUUGCGAAAUUUUUUUGCGGAUUCUUAUUCAACGGGCCCUUUUCCUCAUUAGCCGCGUAUUUAACUGAAUUCCAUUCCGCCCAAUAUAGAUCAAAGGUGCAACUUUUCAGAGGAAUUACUUUCGCUCUGGGAUUUUUUCUUGUGCCCUGUCUAGCUUGGAUUGUUCUGCCAUUAAACAUCAAUUUCAAUUUGUUUGGAUUAACUUUUCACACGUGGAAUAUAUUUUUGUUAUGCUGCGCCUUUCCUCCACUAAUGGCUAGUGUCCUGUUUUCUUUCAUGCCUGAAAGUCCAAAGUUUUUAAUGAGCGUUGGAAAAAAUGAAGAGGCUCUUCAAGUAUUCCAAAAAGUAUUUAGUUCGAAUUGCGGAAAAUUGAAGAAUGAUUUUCCUAUAAAGCACCUAGCAAAUGAGAAGAUACAUUGUAAAAAUGAAGAUAAAAAAAGAAGUGUAAUUACUGUUAUAAAAACAAGUUUGUCUAAAAUAUUUGCAGUUUUCAAACCACCGCAUGUUUGUCAACUUUUAUUAGCUAUAUCAGUAACAAUAGGAUUCAUGGUGGGAUUGUGUGUCUUAAAAUUGUGGCUGCCGCAAAUUCUGAAAUUGAUCCAUGAAGAUCAGGAAGUUAAUAACACAACUGAUAUAAACAUUUGUACUGUUAUAGACAACUUGAAAAAUAAUGAUGCUCGAAUAAAAGAAACUUGUGAUACGAAGCAGCUAAACGACAAUACUUUUAUAUACACAAGUUCCAUGAUAAUUAAUGGCGUAGAAAUGUUUUUCUUCAUGAUAUCUGGUUUUUUGGUAAAUUGUUUAGGCAAGAAGACAUUAAUGAUGAUUUCGUGUGUUUUUGCCUCACUCUCAGCGCUCGGUUUAUAUUUUGUACCAAAUGUCCCUGUUUUAAUUGCAUUAUUUUCAAUAUACAUUACUGGUUUGGAGCUUACCGGUAUUCUGGAUAUAACAAUCUCUUUGGAAAUGUUCCCAACUGACGUUAGAACUAUAGCGCUAUCAUUUCGUUAUAUGGCUGCCAGAUUGGGGGCAAUAUUGGCAAACCUACUUUUCCCAGCAUUGGUCAGCGGUGGCUGUUUAACGCCAUUUUUGUUUUGUACUCUUUUAGUAGGAGCACUGCCAUUUAUGAUUCAUUUUUACCCGAACACUGAAAACAAGAAUCUACAAUAA